UUGAUGGGGUAGUGAUCCUCCGCCCUGAGGAGCAGCUGCAGCAUAUUAUCUCUCUCGGCCACGCCCACAUCACCGUCACAGACGACAGCAUCUACUGGGACGACCCAGAUGAGUGUGACUCCCCCGCCCUGAACAAGUGCAGCUCCAACUCCGUCUGCAUCAACACCCUGGACUCAUUCACCUGCGUGUGUGAGCCGGGGUACUACAGCCUGAGCCCCAUCCUCAGCCCUGCCUGCCACGAUUAACAGGACGCAUGUGGAGUUGAGGAACGCGCUGACUGUGACGCUCAGCAGCGGGAGAUCCAUCACACGGAGGGACCUGAAGGUGCUGUGGACCUGUGCCUACCCGCUGCUCCAGACCAGCACAGCCCGCAUGAAGCCUGGUCUGGACUGGGUUACCUCUCACAGUGUGGUGCAGGUGAAUUCGUCCCGCCUCCUGGAGAUCAGCAUGGCCUUGUACAGUGACUCAUCUUACGCAUACAACUACACUGGCCCUGUGGAGCUCCCUUCUGCAGAGCAGCUGUACAUCCAGGUGACCCUGCACUGUGAGAACAGCCUGGCCUACAACAUGAGCCUACAGCUGGAGUCCUGCUGGGCCACACAGACCGCAGACCCACAAGAGGAGAAGAAGGCUUUUUUCCUGAAGGGGGGCUGCCCAAACGACAGAACCUUCCGCUGGUACCUCCGGAGCAGUUCCCCUCAAAGGAAGAGGUUCUCCAUUCAGAUGUUCACCAUGUCUGACCACUCCCACAUCUACCUUCACUGCCUGAGCAGAAUAUGCAGCCAAGAUGAGAACUGCACAAUGGUAACUCCCCACCACUGCAAUCUGUACACAAUGAACUGCUCUCCCAGGCAAAACCAAAAGGUGAGAAGAGAUCUACCGGACAAACUCACAGCUAUUCUUUCAGCAGGACCCAUCUCUGCAGCAAAGAGGAAACUGACAAACUGGCCUGGAGCCCAGAUCAUGCUAUCAGUGGCCGGAGGAUUGAUUGGCCUCUUUUUUCUGACAGCACUGGGUGUGCGUGCAGCACACACUAUAACACAGCGCAACCCCAGACAUCAAUAAAAUGUGUAUACCUGCA